AUGCCCUUCUUUGCCUUCUUACGAUGCGGCGGUCACUCCUCAGCAGGCCGCCGCCAGUGCCGGGGAGAGUCGGCCUUCGAUGCUCGCCUGCCGUGCACAUCAGCGGUUCCUUUCAGAAGUGAUGAUUGUCCUUCUGUUGCUCGCUGCGCGGAGAAGGGCUCCGGGUUUCUGGGAGUUCCUGGCUUGAGCUUCUUUGGCUCAAAGGAGUCGCAGGCGCCAGCGGGCGAUGAUUCGAACGCAGCGGACAUGCGGAAAAAAGUGCUUCAAGAUGCAGUGGCGAGGGAGAAUGAGGAGGCCCCAGAACCUGCAAAGAAGCCACAGCUCACGCAGCCGAUCCCUUUCGAGCAGUUUUCUCGGGAGUGGAUGAACAUCUCUGGUCAAGACACAUUUGAUGGCUUUCGUUUAGAAGCUCCACCAGAUCCGAGCCAAGGAGAAAACGCGCAGCCUUCCCCGCCUCAUUUCUUUGCAAUGGCAAAGCUCGGUACAGACGGAUCGCUUCAAGGCAGACUCAUCAAGACCCUCUGCCAGAGCGCGGACCUCAAGUUGAACUUCAACUCGUCGCUCAAAGACGACCAACGGAAUUUUUAUGAAAUUUCUCUCGAUAACACAGGCCGGGACUGGGCCUCGUCCCUGAAGCUUGCUUGGCAGUCUUGUUGGAUUCUUGACGGAAUGUUUUCACAAGUAUUGACUCCAAAGCUGCAGGCCGGUUGCGAGAUAACUUACGUGGGUGCGAAUGGCGCGUCGAUGUUGGCAGUCGGGGGGCGCUACAAUCUGGACAAGCAAUCUGUUGUUUCAUGCCAGCUGAGUCAACAACCAGAUUUCAAGUCCCCUACGGGUCUAACGAAGCUUACACACAGUUGCAAAGUGCAGUACGCUAGAAAGGUUACUGACCGGCUGUCUAUGGCAACCGAGUACGAGUAUAGCCAUCCGGAGACGGAAUCAGCUCUGAGGCUGGGAUGGGAGUAUCUCUUUCGGCAGGCUCGGGUGCAGGGCCUUAUAGACACCGGCGGGCGCAUUUCUGUCUUCGCGCAAGACUAUAACGGAUUCGGCGUAAGCGGGCUUAUAGACUACUGGCGGGGCACAUAUAAAUUUGGAUUCCUGAUGCACGUAGUACCCCCGCCAGACGGGCCACCACCGCAGUCAAGCUGA